AUGACCGCCCGCCCCCGCUCCCCCCGCGACCCGCAGGGCCUCCCGCACCCUGCGUUCGCCGACUUCCAGCUCUUCGACCCCGCCCUGCACGUCGCCCCGCCCCCGCCCCCACUCCCGCCCUCAAACGAGCUCUUUUCCGUCUCCGAAACCUCGGACAUCUUCGGCUUCCUCGACAACUUCGACUGGGAUCUCAAUGUCGACACCCUCCAGCAGUCUUUCGCCGUACCCGCAGAUAUAUACCAGAAUCCACUCCAGGAGACCGCUCCGCCGGGACUCGACCAGCUAGCGCCAUCGUCCAACCUAUUCUCCUCCCAGGGCGAUCAGCAUCUGCACCCUCCACCUCCACAACCUCCACAACCACAGCACCAGCCCCAGCAGUCCCCCACAGCCCUGCGAUCCGCACCGCCCGCCCAGCCUCCCCUAUUUGCACCCCCACCAGAAGCGAAGCCGCGCAUCCGCUCCCCCAGCCGCUCCCCGUCCACCUCCUCCUCACGCGCGACCCCGUCUGCAGCCGCGGCCGCGGCGUCCCGCGCCGCCAAGCCGCUGCUCUCCACGCCCCAGAAGCGGCUGAACCACAUCAUGUCCGAGCAGAAGCGCCGCAACGCGAUCCGCGAGGGCUACAUGCAGCUCACGACGCUCCUCGCCCCCGCGGGCGCGCCCCCGGGCUCGGGCAUGCCCACCCGCGGCCGGCCCAAGGGCAGCGGCAGCCGCGGGCGCGGGACGAAGGGCAAGAGCGGCAUCCUCUUCCGCGCGCGCGAGUACAUCUAUUGGCUCGAGGAGGGCCGCGACGCGCUCCAGGAGGAGGUCGCGCGGCUCGAGGCCGCCGCGGGCAUCCGCUAG